ACGAACAGUGCGGAGUACAUAACCUCGAAUACGUGCCGGUUACAAAGCAGAGUAAAAAUCCGAGAGCUUUUAGUUUUUCCCAACAAAUGUUGGUUUUUCGUUUACUUUGAUUUCGUUAACAAUUCGAUAGUUGGGUUGGACAAAAAUAACAUCAGAAGCAUUACCAUGACAGAGCAAAAGCAAAAAACCAACUGCAUUACACUCAAAGGUUCUGCAGAAUUGGUGAAACAGUACCUUUUGUAUGGAAUCAACAACAUUUUAUAUCAACGGGGUAUUUAUCCUCCUGAAACGUUUGACCCUGCUGAGCACUUUGGGUUAUGCAUUUUGAUGUCAACAGAUCCUAAGAUAGUGAACUUUUUUAAUGUUGUGCUUGGCCAAGUUCAGGAAUGGCUUUUACAAAGAAAAGUACAGAAAGUAACUUUAGUUAUUUCAAAUGUUAAUACAAAGGAGGUUCUCGAGAAGUGGGACUUUAAAGUAGAUUAUGAAAUUGAAGUGUCAAAUGGUAAUGCAGACAGUAAAGGCGAUGGAAGCUUACCGGAAAUGGGAACUAAGGACAUAAAAAUAAUUCAGAAAGAAAUUCGGGAAGUUAUACGUCAAAUAACAGGAACUGUAAGCUUUUUGCCAUUACUGGAUUGCCCUUGCAGUUUUGACAUUUUAACAUACACGAUACCUGAUUGUGAUAUUCCAAAAGAAUGGGAUGAAACCAGUCCUGUAUUCAUAGCUAAUAGCCAAGAAGUGCAACUACGAUCAUUUUCAACAUCACUUCACAAGAUGGAAACAAUAGUUAGCUACAAGAAUACUUAAUACUUAAUACUUGAAGAAUUCAAGCAUUAUUCCAUAAAUUAAGGUUAUAUAUGAGUAUGAAUUUUUCAAACCAUAUACAUACUCAUUCUUUUUUGGAACUAGUUUUCUCUAUGAGAAUAUUUUGUACUUCUUUUAGAUGAUAAGUUACGCCAAAGUAUUCCUAUUAUCAUAUAAUGAUUUCCAAUGGAUAAAACAUAAGUUAAAUUAUUUUUAUUAAUAUUUUCGUUUUUUAAAUGUACUCAACUCUGAAAUACUUUUACAAGGUAACAAAGUUUUCUAAUUUCUUAUCUCCAGUAUUCAUUUUGUGAAUCAUGGGAAAGGGAUGAGACAGAAAAUAUGUAUAUUAGGUUUUUUCGGUUAAAUUAAUCAAUUUGAUUUUAUUAUCAACUAAUACAAAAUAUUUUUCGAAUUCAUUUAUCAUUUACAAUUAAGAAACAAACGAGUUGAUGCUGUCACUCAAAGCUUAUGACUGAGUUUUUGAAUUUAUAAAUUAAUCUUGUUACAAAAUGUUGAUUUACAAUGAGGGACGUAAAUUGAUCAGACAUCGACAUUGAAGUAUAAACGAACAAAUUUCGUAUCAGCGCUAUUUGGUACUUUUAAGUAUAUCUUGUGCGACUAAAAUUGGCUUUAAUCCACAGUGCAUUAUUUAUCUCUAAAUAUACCUUAACAUACGCGUACUGCAUUUCUCAUUCUGUGCAGAAUCACUGAAAUCACGCGCGACUUGAUGAACCCAAAAUUUUGCAAACACUCAGUAGUCUCAGCCGUGUUACGCACUAAAUUUGCAUGUGAAGGUCUUAGUUCUUUUAAUUCACUUACACAUUGCAUCGCUUUCUUAUUUCAUUUACACAUUGCAAAAGCCUCCCGGAUACGCUAUAGAGUUACAAAUAUAAUAAUUGCUGUCUAAUCCGCGGUAUCGUAACGGAUUCAUUGUAAAUUAAUUGCAAAUGUCUUAUGGUUUAAAAGAAGCAGUUUUUACUUAUUUUCAAUUUAAUUCGAUGAAGCAAUACGACAUCGCUGAUUAAAACUAUUAUUUUUCUAUAACAUUAUAAUAUGAAUUCAGGAAUAUCAUACAAUUACGCGUCUCAUAAGACACUGAAAUAUGAAAUAAAAGAGUCUUUUCGUUUCAUUCAUUCACUUUCAACACACAUUUUAUUAUGAUUCACCUGCAAGAAUAAAACUUUUUUUAAAAAAUAAUACUGUUCGCAGCAGUACCGCAUUGAGUAUUAAAUACCUAGAACAUAAGAAGUCGAAUGACAUGUAAGAAUUUUGAUAAUAUAUUGAUCAUUUUAUGUGAAACGAAAAAACGCUUUUGGCAAUUAGCAGGUAAUAAAAGUGUGAUACAUACAA